GCACUGAUGGCCUUAUAUUGUCACUGCCCACUUAGGAUCUGUCUCCUCCUGUCCCCUUAAGGACAGAUCCAUCUCCAUAUCCCUAGAACUGCCCAGAACAGGGUGGGCGGAGAGCCUCUGUUGAAUAAAGUGGUGGAGCUGGGUACAGGAAGGCAGGGGGCCAUGUAGGGACAAAAGCCUGAAGGCCUCUUGUGCUUGGGGGUCCUCCUCCCCCUCGCAGCCUGGUUUCCCCUUUGUGGUUUCUCCAGCUCCACCCUCUCAGCCCCUCCACCUUGCUCUGCAUAGCUUCCUGCCCCUGACACUCUGGUCUGCAGCAUCAUGUCACUAACUGUCCAUCUCUCCUAUCUCCUGGCCCUGUUGGUGGCAGGCCUGGCCCAAGGCAUCAAGGGCUCCCUCAGGGGCCAGGACCCAGGUCCCCAGCCUCUGGAGCUGAAAGAGGUCUUCACAUUGUUCCAGAUCCGAUACAACCGGAGUUACUCACACCCAGCAGAGCAUGCUCGCCGCCUGGACAUCUUUGCCCGAAACCUGGCCAAGGCUCAGCAGCUGCAAGAGGAGGACUUGGGCACAGCUGAGUUUGGGGUGACUCCAUUCAGUGACCUCACAGAGGAGGAGUUUGGCCAGCUUUAUGGGCAUCAGAGGGUGGCUGGAGAGGCCCCAACUGUGAGCCAAAAGGUAGGGUCUGAAGAGUGGGGGCAGUCGGUGCCCCCGACCUGUGACUGGCGGAAGAAGGCUGGCAUCAUCUCAUCCAUCAGGAACCAGCAAAACUGCAACUGUUGCUGGGCCAUGGCAGCAGCGGGCAACAUCGAGGCCCUGUGGGCCAUCAAAUACCAUCAGUCUCUGGAAGUCUCCGUGCAAGAGCUGCUCGACUGUGACCGCUGUGGGAAUGGCUGCUAAGGGCGGCUUGUCUGGGACGCGUUCAUAACUGUCCUCAACAAACAGUGAGUGCCUGUCUCUCGGGGCAGGGGUGGCCUGGCCAGUGACAAGGACUACCCAUUCAAGGGGAACAGCAAAACCCACAGAUGCCUGGCUAAGAAGCAUAAGAAGGUGGCCUGGAUCCAGGAUUUCAUCAUGCUGCAGCCCUGCGAGCAGAGCAUCGCCAGGUACUUGGCCACCCAAGGCCCCAUCACUGUGACCAUCAACAUGAAGCUACUGCAGCAAUACCAGAAGGGUGUGAUCAAGGCCACACCUACCACCUGUGACCCCCAGCUUGUGGAUCAUUCUGUCCUGCUGGUGGGUUUUGGUAAAAGCAAGUCGGUGGAGGGGAGGCAGGCAGAGGCGAUCUCAUCCCGGUCUCAUCCUCAUCCUCGCUACUCCAUCCCAUACUGGAUCCUGAAGAACUCCUGGGGGGCCAACUGGGGUGAGGAGGGCUAUUUCCGGCUGCACCGAGGGAGCAAUACCUGCGGCAUCACCAAGUACCCGUUCACUGCCAGAGUGGACAAACUCGUUAAGAAGCACCAAGUCUCCUGCCCUCCCUGAGCCCACCUGGCUGCCCCUCAGCUCUCUCCUGCUGUGCCAGCUACCUCCCUGCCCACCCCACCCCAAGGUUUUUGCCUAUUCUCCCAGUAUUUCUGCUACGGAUUGAA